GGCCCCGCCCCCACCUUGGGACAGACCCGGAAGCGGCGGCGGCGCCCCUGGGGAAGAUGGCGCCCUCCGGGUUGAAGGCGGUGGUGGGGGAAAAGAUUCUGAGCGGAGUCAUUCGCAGCGUUAAAAAGGAUGGGGAGUGGAAGGUGCUCAUCGUGGACCACCCCAGCAUGCGCAUCUUGUCAUCCUGCUGCAAAAUGUCAGAUAUCCUGGCCGAGGGCAUCACCAUUGUUGAAGACAUCAACAAGCGGCGAGAGCCCAUCCCCAGUCUGGAGGCCAUCUAUUUGCUGAGUCCCAUGGAGAAGUCAGUGCAGGCCCUGAUUGCAGACUUCCGGGGCACCCCGACCUUCACCUACAAAGCAGCCCAUGUCUUCUUCACUGACACCUGCCCUGAGCCCCUGUUCAGUGAGCUGGGCCGCUCUCGGCUAGCCAAGGCAUUGAAGACGCUGAAAGAGAUCCACCUUGCCUUCCUACCCUACGAGGCCCAGGUGUUCUCCCUGGAUGCCCCCCACAGCACCUACAAUCUAUACUGCCCAUUCCGAGCGGGGGAGCGGACGCGGCAGCUCGAGGUGCUGGCCCAGCAGAUCGCCACCCUGUGUGCCACGCUGCAGGAGUACCCGGCCAUCCGCUACCGCAAGGGCCCAGAGGACACAGCCCAGCUAGCCCACGCAGUCCUGGCCAAGCUGAACGCCUUCAAGGCCGACACGCCCAGCCUGGGAGAGGGCCCUGAGAAGACCCGCUCCCAGCUGCUCAUCAUGGACCGGGCAGCUGACCCUGUGUCCCCACUGCUGCACGAGCUCACAUUCCAGGCCAUGGCCUAUGACCUGCUGGACAUCGAGCAUGACACAUACAGAUACGAGACCACGGGGCUGAGCGAGGCACGCGAGAAGGCCGUGCUGCUGGACGAGGACGAUGACCUGUGGAUGGAGCUGCGGCACAUGCACAUUGCGGACGUUUCCAAGAAGGUCACAGAACUUCUGAGGACGUUCUGUGACAGCAAGAGGCUGACCACCGACAAGGCCAAUAUCAAAGACCUGUCCCACAUCCUGAAAAAGAUGCCGCAGUACCAGAAGGAGCUGAACAAGUAUUCUACGCAUCUGCAUUUAGCUGAUGACUGCAUGAAGCACUUCAAGGGUUCCGUGGAGAAGCUGUGCAGCGUGGAGCAGGACCUGGCCAUGGGCUCUGAUGCAGAGGGCGAGAAGAUCAAGGACGCCAUGAAGCUGAUCGUGCCGGUGCUGCUGGAUGCGGCGGUGCCGGCCUAUGACAAGAUCCGGGUCCUGCUGCUCUACAUCCUGCUACGGAAUGGUGUGAGCGAGGAGAACCUGGCCAAGCUGAUCCAGCAUGCCAACGUGCAGGCACACUGCAGCCUCAUCCGGAACUUGGAGCAGCUAGGGGGCACCGUCACCAACCCCGGGGUAUGUGGGGCAGAAGACGGGGUGGGGGUGGGCAUAGCGUCAGAGCUUGGGUCCUGGUCUAAACCUGCCUCUCGGGCACCCCAGGAUGCCGUGGAAGACCGGCUGGACCGGAAGCUGUGGCCCUUUGUGUCCGACCCUGCCCCCACGCCCAGCUCCCAGGCUGCUGUCAGUGCCCGCUUUGGCCAUUGGCACAAGAACAAGGCGGGUGUGGAGGUGCGGGCGGGACCCCGGCUCAUUGUGUACGUGGUGGGCGGCGUGGCCAUGUCAGAGAUGAGGGCCGCCUAUGAGGUGACCAGAGCCACCGAAGGCAAGUGGGAGGUGCUCAUUGGCUCCUCGCACAUUCUCACCCCUACCCGCUUUCUGGACGACCUCAAGACGCUGGACCAGAAGCUGGAGGACAUUCCCCUUCCCUGACCCUUCUGCCCCUGCCCGCCCUGCACUUUGCAGAUAAAUAAACUCCUCCCUCCUGCCUGCCAGUCCGCAGCCAUCUUGCUUUCUUUCCAACGGAGCCCCUGGGAGCUGUGGUGGGCCAGCCUCCCUUGGGUCCCAUUCACAGAUCUGUCCUUCAGACCCCACCCCGCUCUAUUGCCUGCCAGAACUCUUCCCUGACACCUGUCCUUGCGUAAGGGCAUCUUAACCCUGCGUGGAGGCUAAGAACGUGGUCUCCAGUUUGAAUAUUGGCUCCAAGAUUUACUAGCUGGGAGGCUGACCUGCUGACUCCCCCAUCCAGAAAAUGGCAUCAGUAAUGCCAGCUGCUUUGCAGAGGGGAUCACAGAGAUAGUGCGGGUAAAGCUGACGGCAUUGGACACGUGACAGCUGCUGUGAUUUCACUGUCAUUAAAAUUAUUUUGGCAGCUGUAAAGGAACUAUUAGUUUUAUUAACAAGCAGUCCAGCCUCUGUAUCCUCCCACCAACACACACCACCCAAGGAACUGUCCUGACAGGGCCUGCAGCCAUGGGAGGUCAGGGGUUGUCUCCAGCUCUUGGGGAUCAGAGCCAGCAUAUGUGAGAUAGGGAAGCCCAUUCCCAUUCCAGCAAGUUAGAGUUCUCCCUGCCUUGGGGCUCCUAACUGCAGGACUUAUCAGAGCCUUUACUGGGCUACUAUGAGGUGUGACUCUCACAGCACGAAUAAGACUGAGAGGAUCCUUCUCUCUGGGGGCACAGGCCCACAACCAGGCAGAUACCCUGCAGCAGAGGAGGCUGUGUGGGAGCCCAGAGGAUACCAGCCAGUCUGGGGGUGGUCAGGGAAGGCUUCCUGGAGGAGGAGGUGAAGUUUGAGUUGAGAAUGAUGAUGAAAAGGAGU